CCCGAGAAUGGUGCCACCUGUCAGUGCCAGGCGUGUGAGCCUCAGCCAGGCUCCCGUCCAGAUCCUGGCUCCUCCAGGGAUGGCUGCCCCCCGCUGUUUCAGGAGCGGUCAGUCAUAGUGGAGAACUCCUCGGGUCAGAAAUACUACACCAGCACUUCUGAGCUCCUCAAACCCGUGAAGAAGAGGAAGUACAGGGAGUACCACAGCCCAUCAGAGGAGUCGGAGCCAGAUGCCGCGGAGAAGCGAGAAGAAAGGAAGGACCCAGAGGGACAGCCCACAGCUAGCAUCCCAGAAAGUGAGGAGUGGAACGGCAGCCAGCCUGCGUCAGGCGAGAAGAAGGAAGGCUGGUCCUGGGAGUCUUACCUUGAGGAGCAGAAGGCCAUCACCGCCCCGAUCAGCCUCUUCCAGGACUACCAGGCGGUCACUCAUAACAAGAACGGCUUCAGACUGGGCAUGAAGUUGGAAGGCAUCGACCCUCAGCACCCAUCCAUGUACUUCAUCCUCACCGUGGCCGAGGUGUGUGGCUAUCGUCUCCGACUGCAUUUUGAUGGGUAUUCUGAGUGCCAUGACUUCUGGAUCAAUGCCAACUCCCCUGACAUCCACCCUGCUGGCUGGUUUGAGAAGACUGGGCACAAGCUGCAGCCCCCCAAAGGUUACAAGGAGGAGGAGUUCAGCUGGAGUCAGUACCUGCGCAGCACAAGGGCUCAGGCUGCCCCCAAGCACCUGUUCGUGAGCCAAAGCCAUAGUCCCCCACCCCUGGGCUUCCAGGUGGGCAUGAAGCUGGAGGCCGUGGACCGUAUGAACCCGUCCCUCGUCUGUGUGGCCAGCGUGACCGACGUGGUGGACAGCCGCUUCCUGGUGCACUUUGACAACUGGGACGAUACUUACGACUACUGGUGUGAUCCCAGCAGCCCCUACAUCCACCCGGUUGGCUGGUGCCAGAAGCAAGGAAAGCCCCUCACACCUCCACAAGACUACCCAGACCCUGACAGCUUCUGUUGGGAGAAAUAUCUGGAGGAAACUGGGACCUCUGCUGUGCCCACCUGGGCCUUCAAGGUGCGACCCCCGCACGGCUUUCUUGUUAACAUGAAGCUGGAGGCCGUGGACCGCAGGAACCCAUCCCUGAUCCGGGUGGCCAGUGUGGAGGAUGUGGAGGACCAUCGGAUAAAGCUCCACUUUGAUGGCUGGAGUCAUGCCUUUGACUUCUGGAUUGAUGCCGACCACCCGGACAUCCACCCCGCCGGCUGGUGCUCCAAGACAGGGCAUCCCCUGCAGCCUCCUCUCCAUCCCAGAGAGCUCGGCUCUGCCUCCCCUGAGGGCUGUUCCCCCCUCAGCUACCGGGGCCUGCCACACACGAGGACCUCCAAGUACAGCUUCCACCAGCGGAAGUGCCCCACGCCUGGUUGUGAUGGGUCCGGCCACAUCACAGGCAAGUUCACAGCUCACCAUUGCCUCUCGGGGUGCCCCCUGGCUGAGAGAAACCAGAACCGGCUGAAAGUGGAGCUGUCCGACUCAGAGGCCUCGGCCCGUAAGAGGAACCUCUCGGGCUUCUCCCUAAGGAAGAAGCCUCGCCAUCAUGGCCGGACUGGGCGCCCUCCAAAGUAUCAGAAGAUUACACAAGAAGAGUUCGCGACACUAACGACCGAUGUCAUCCACCAGUCCUUCUUCAUGUCAUCCCUGUCGGCCCACCCUGACCGGUCCCUCUCAGUGUGCUGGGAGCAGCACUGCAAGCUCCUGCCGGGAGUGGCGGGCAUCUCGGCCUCGACAGUGGCCAAGUGGACCAUCGAUGAGGUCUUCGGCUUCGUUCAGACCCUGACAGGUUGUGAGGACCAAGCACGACUCUUCAAAGAUGAGCUCUGCCGGGUCCUGCAUGACAUCAACGGUCCCCUCGGUGCUGAUGCUGCCGGGAGUUCCGAGCUGGGGCCAGUCCGGCGCCAGGCACAGACACUUCAGCCCUUGUUGGGAGAACAGAGAGAGGCUGUGUUGUCCAUUGCCCAUCCUCCGGCUCCAACUGCUGGUUCUCUCAAAGGCCUCUCCUCAGGCCGGUGCAGAAUGGACUCUAGUGCCAGCCCGGCAGGGACUUCCAGUCCACAGCCUUCAAGGGCCAAUGGGAACAUCAACCUGGGGCCUUCAGCCAACCCAAAUGCCCGGCCCACCGACUUCGACUUCCUCAAAGUCAUUGGCAAAGGCAACUAUGGGAAGGUCCUCCUGGCCAAGCGCAAGUCCGACGGGAUGUUCUAUGCAGUGAAGGUGCUGCAGAAAAAGUUCAUCUUAAAGAACAAAGAGCAGAACCACAUCAUGGCGGAGCGCAACGUGCUUCUGAAGAACGUGCGGCACCCCUUCCUCGUGGGCCUGCGCUACUCCUUCCAGACCCCCGAGAAACUCUACUUCGUGCUCGACUACGUCAAUGGAGGAGAGCUCUUCUUCCACCUGCAGCGGGAGCGCAGGUUCCUGGAGCCCCGUGCCCGGUUCUACGCUGCCGAGGUGGCCAGUGCCAUUGGCUACCUGCACUCCCUCAACAUCAUCUACAGGGACCUGAAACCAGAGAACAUUCUCUUGGACUCCCAGGGACACGUGGUCCUGACAGAUUUUGGCCUCUGCAAGGAAGGUGUAGAGCCGGAGGAGACCACGUCCACAUUCUGUGGCACCCCCGAGUACUUGGCUCCAGAAGUGCUUCGUAAAGAGCCUUAUGAUCGGGCGGUGGACUGGUGGUGUCUGGGCGCCGUCCUCUAUGAGAUGCUGCAUGGCCUGCCACCCUUCUACAGCCGAGACAUCUCCCAGAUGUACGAGAACAUUCUGCACCAGCCACUACAGAUCCCUGUGGGCCGGACGGUGGCUGCCUGUGACCUCCUGCAAGCCCUUCUCCACAAGGACCAGAGGCAGCGGCUGGGCUCCAAAGCAGACUUUACUGAGAUCAAGAACCACGUAUUCUUCAGCCCCAUAAACUGGGAUGACUUGUACCACAAGAGGCUGACCCCACCCUUCAACCCAAAUGUGGAAGGACCUGCUGACUUGAAACACUUUGACCCAGAGUUCACCCAGGAAGCCGUGUCAAAGUCCAUUGGCUGCACUCCCGACACUGUGGCCAGCAGCUCCGGGGCCUCAAGUGCAUUCCUGGGAUUUUCCUAUGUGCCGGAGGAUGAGGCCGUCUUGGAUUGCUAGGAGACGAGUACCUGUGACGCCACUGAAGACAGCGGGUACCUGGCAGUCCCCUGCCCCAUGAACUACAGGGGAUGAAGCCGAAGACCAUGGAAAACACACCAAUGACACUGACACGGGAGACCAAAGCUGGGUCAGCAGAGCUGUUGUCACCCUUUGGCCUGCACUGAGAAUUCUGAAAGUCUGAUUUGAUUCCUAUCUUAAUAGUGUCUGUUAACUGACAAAUGUGGAACAUGAGGGAGGGGCCCCAAUUCCCCCAACUCCCCAGAGCAAAAUUCAAGAUUCUAAUUGUCUGAAACAUGCUGGUACUGCCAAACGUACACAAUCUGCUAUAGAUUAGGAAACCCAUAAUGACUCUCUCUGUUCUAAGACUAUAAGAUCACAAAAAUUUCAGGAUAGAAAAUAAAAAUGAAGAAAAACUAUGAUAUUGA